UUCAUGAAAGACAGUUGGCAACAGUGUUGUUUAUCGCUUUGUAAUGGUGAUUAAAUUGUCAGAUGGCGAUACAGAGUUUCCGCAACUCAUUUUACAAAACAAUAUCUGUGGAUUUUUAAAUAUGGGGGAGAAUCUUCAGCAUGAGGAUCUUUUGAUCAAAUUGCGCGCUAAGUUGAACGAAGAAAAAGUGAAAUUAUGGGAGCCGCCGUACGUACUACCAGAUAAUGAUGUUUCGCAAAGUUUUCAGGACCUCGCAAAAAAAUAUUCAUCAGAGCUUGGAGUCGACCAUGACGUCAUCAUCAAUGCUCUCCACGAAUUGCAAUUGCAUUCAAUAGAUCGCUCUAAAGCUAAUGCUGAGUUUAAAGAGACAGGUUUCGCGACAUUCAGAAUCAAAGGGACUAUAACUGGAGAGAAGCCAAAAGUUAUGAAAGUACAGAAAAAACUUGAUGCGAUGGGUAGCGAUUUGAUAGCAGCGGUCGCAGAAGAGAUGGGCGUGGCUGAGACUCGCAUAAAACUGAUAUUCAACGGGAAGGUGAUCAAGCCUGCCGCCACAUUGGAUGAUCAAGGAAUCAAGAAUGGGGCUCAGAUAAUGGCACUCAUCAUGGCGAAAACACCAGAGGAAGUGAAGAAAGAAGACAACAUGUAUAUGGAGAUGAAGGCGACAAGAGAUGACGCCAAUCUGCUAUCCCAGUAUGAGGACGAGGAAUAUAUGAAGUUGGAAGACCAGACAGGCAAGACCGUGGAGGUGGAUCCCAACUCUAGACGGGCAUUGCUGGUGGGCUUAACUCUUCACGAGCGAGGCCGAACAGCAGCCAGGCAGAAGGAUUACCCACUAGCCCUGGUCUUGCUGUUGGAAGCUGAUCGUCAACUUAGCGAAUGCAGGUCAGACAUUCUCAAAUCCGUGGACAACUGGGCCGUCCUCCAGCUGGACAUCGCGUGGUGUUACCUCUGUCUGCAGAACCUGUCGUCCGCCACCGACGCGGCGGCCAGGCUGGCCAGGGCUGAGGAGUCCUUGAAGACCUUGUACGGGGAGCAGCAUCAGAGGAUGGCCGAGCUGAGAGGGACCAUAGCGACUGAACGAGUUCUGCUCAUGAGGUUGUACCUCCUCCAGGGUAUCGUGGCCUAUCAUCAGAACAAGCGAGCUGAUGCCAGGGUCCUACUGGAGAAAGCUGAGUCUGAACUCAAUUUCCUGAGGGUGGACGAGCGCGCCGUGUGCGCGCUCAUGGAGCUGGGCUGGUCGCGCGGCGCCGCCCGCCGGGGGCUGCGCGCGGCGCGCGGCGACCUGGACCGCGCGCACCUGCAGCUGGCGGAGCGCCGCGAGCUGCGCGAGCGCGCGCGCGACGCGCACAGGAAGCUGCGGCAACAACGUCGGCUUGGCUUAUGCAUAGACGGAACACCAGUGAAGGAGCAGUUGGUAGAAGCAUUAGUGGGGAUGGGAUACUCUCGGCGCAUAGCAACAGCCGCCUUGAGGAACUCCAACAACCACGUGGCCGAGGCUGUGCGGCUGAUACAGGAGCAGCCGGAGACGCUUCAAGAGUCAGAUUAUUCCUCAGAUGAGACAGAGACGCCGAGCUCUGAGGAUUCUUUUGUCGAAGUGGACAAUAAACUUCUCAACGAACUGGAAGGCAUGGGCUAUGACUCGAAACAAGCUGAAACCGCUCUGCGCAUCGGAAGAAAUAAUUUCGACGAAGCUGUCACCAUGCUGCUGAAUUUUGACGGGAAAAUUGACGAUAAAGAUGCCAACUGUGCUAAUCCAUCUACAAGCGCGGCCUCGUCCACCAAGAAAAAGCAUAGACAACACAAAAAAAAUACAAAGAAGGAGGAGUGCGAGGAGGCUCUCCACCGCUUAUCAACCGCCAUUCGUCCUGAAGAUGACGAUCAUUUGGACACGUCUCUCGUCGAGGAAGAGGAAUAUUUGGUCCAAUACAAGUCCUUGUUGUAAAUUGUAAGAUUCAGUCUUUGUGUAUUUAGGGUUGCCAACAGUCCCCGAAAAUGGAGAUUUUCCCCCAAAAAAUUACCAGAAAAUUAAUAUAAAUGAAAUAGAAAUGAGUUCGGCGUCCCUACAGAAUUUCUGAUCGAGAUGUGGUUUUUUAGUGUAGCCUACUAGUAACUGACAAGGACUAAAAAUAUUUAUUUCAAAAAAUUGGGAGAUGGAGAUUUUCUCUAAUUUCUAAUUUUCAUAAAAGAGGAAGCCUAGAAAAGUUUGCAUUUGCAACAAGACUGUCUUAAGUGUUUAUAUUUUUUGUAUACUUAUGUUCUAAGUAUACUAUUUGGUACAAUAAAAUGUAUUACUUACUAAUGAGUAGGUAUGUAGUUGGCAACCCUAGUUCUUAUUAAGUUCAUUUAUCGUUUUUUGCAAGUGGUCAUGGCUGUAAAGUUGGUAACACUCGCAUUAUUAUUUUACCAAUGUCAUUUUUAAAUUUAAUUUUUUUACAAUAUCUACCAAACGAAAAGCAAUAUCAAUGAUAUUUACGAAUUAUUGCGUACCUCAUUCUAGUGCCAUUUAAGCCCUGAUUUCUUUAUUAACUAUGUAAGGCUGAUCCCACACAACACUUCUCAAUUUGAGUUAGUUUCCGCUUUCAGUUGUUUGAAUAGUUUGGAUUUUUUUUUCAAACAUCCUUGGUUUACUUUUGGUUAGAAUAGAAUAGAAUAGAUUUAUUUCCAAAAUUGGAUACAAGUAAUUAUAACUACUACCAAACCUUCCAAAGCGCAUGUGUAGAAGAAGCGGCGGAACAAACUACACUGCAGCAUUUUCAUCGGACGUCAAUUUACAAAUAUAGAUCUCUUAAAUCUAAAUCGUGGACGAAUGCACAUUGUCUACAUUAAAAAACAUUCAUACAUAAAAUCACGCCUUUUCCCGAACGGGUAGACAUAGACAUGACCACCACCACCCUUGGCUCUACCAACCUUCCGAAACCUUCCACCCUCGCAAAAUCACGUUCGGGGCGCGCUGCAUGCGAAAUAAUAUUACCAAACUAGAUGUGCCCGCGACUUCAUCCGCGUGGAAUAGUUUUUGAAGCCCUUAAAGAUGAAUAAAUUGCCCCCGUUUUUUUUUUAAUUUUCCAUUAUUUUUUCGCUCCUAAUAGUUGCAGCGUGAUGUUAUAUAGCCUAAAGCCUUCCUCGAUAAAUGGUCUAUUCGACACAAAAAGAAUUUUUCAAUUCGAACCAGUAGUUCCUGAGAUUAGCGCGUUCAAACAAACAAACUAACUCUUCAGCUUUAUAAAAUUAGUAUACAUUUAUGUAGUGUUGUGGAAGAAGGCCCUUAUUGUAAUGUACGAAAUGUAUGUUGUAGCAAUGUCUAAUGUAUGUAGUGAUAUAGUGAUAUUAAAUGUUAGCACCAAUCCUGCCAUUUUUAAAACGAAACUAGUUGGAAUCGUUGUACUGACAUUAUUUUUUUUAUUAAAAAUAUAAUUAAAUAAAGUACACUUAUAUUUUGUAAUAAAAUGAUUACAGUUCUUAUCAAAAAAAAAAAAAAAUUUGGAUCGUAAACAAAAAAUAAAAACUUGUAAAUGUGUUGCGUGUGUUUGUGAAAAAAAAAUACGUUUUCUUUAUUAUUAAAUUAAAAUAACUUAUUAUUUUUCUCAUACAUACAUACAUACAUACAUAAAAUCACGCCUCUUUCCCGGAGGGGUAGGCAGAGACUUAUUUUUCUCAUCAUCAUUAUUAUAUUAUUUUUUUAUGAAUUAAAGAUAAUAUCGUAUUUGUUUGCAUUUAUAAAUUGACUUUGUUUCAUUUUACUCUUUCUUUUAUUUUUUCUUAAGUACUAAAUAAUGUAUUUUAUUUUUAAUUAUCAAUUAACAUGUUUUUACACGCUUAUAAAUUUUAAAUUGCAUAGGUACUUUUACCUAAACCUAAACACAGACAAUUAUCUGCUUAUCUUUCGUUAAAAGGUCAAAUAAUAAAUAAAAUUUUUAAAAUAUUUGUUUUCAAUUUCAGAAAAUAAAAACCUCUUCUAGUUUUAGCGAAUAGCCUAUAAAUAAUUAUGUGAAAAUGUUAAGCUCAAUGUAUUGUGUCUUAAAUGUAUUUUGGUGUGCUAUUAAUAAUUAAUUGUAUGACUGUAUUGAUUACAACGGUAAACUCAUGGAAAUAUAAACAGCCUGGAAAUGACACUUAAAGCAAGCUUCAAAUGGGUGAAAAUAUAUAGGAAUCAGUCUCUUCAAGACUGUUGACUCUGUCUAUCCCGCAAGGUAUAUAGACGUGACUAUAUGUAUAUGUAUGUUAUGUAAGUAAAAGGAUUUGUAAUCUGCCCUGUUCAAGUAACUCUCCUCUUAGUCAUUCAAUGGUUGACUGGAAGAGAUCCCUAAAUGGGAUAAGUCCGCCAUUUGUAUAUUUUGUUUUACCAAUUUACUGUAUAUUUGUGUUCUUUCGUAAUAUCUAUAUAAUUAUAGAUAUUACGAACAAAAAUACUUUGAAAUUGUUUCGUAAGAGUAAAAUACGGUUUCGGAAUUAAUAAAAGAAAUGUUUUUUUUUUUCCAAAAUGAGACAGAUUUUCAGUUUGAUUUCCAAGGUUCUUUAUAUUUCCAUAGUAUGACUUUAAAAGUAUAAAUAUAAUAUUUUGUGUGUUUUAACUAUGUAUAUGUGUACCUACAAGUGUGUUUUAUGUAAAUGAGACUUUUUGUAAUGAUUGUGAAAUAAAAACAAAAUUUUUUAUACAUUUA